AUGGGAGAGUUGAAGAAAGAAGAUGUUGAGAAAUAUCUGGAAAACAACCCUCAAUUUGCCAAGGAUUAUUAUGACAGAAAAUUGAGAGGAGAGGCUGUCGGAGCCUUGUUUAAUAACAAGCAGCUGAACUUGAAAGAUGGGGUGUCAUUUCAUGACCUAACAAAACUGGAAGAAACUGACAUCUUGUUGGAGUUGGUGGCGGAGAUCCAAAAUGCAACUAACAUGGAGAAGACCAUUCACAAAGUCCUUCAAAGACUGGCGUUGUUUCUCCAAGCCAGUUAUUGUAGCUUGUUCUUCUAUAGGUCCCGAAACGGAAUACCAGAACUAGCCACGAGGCUCUUCAAUGUCACCAAGGACUCUAAAUUUGAAGACAACCUUGUAGCACCUGAAAGUGAAAUAGUUUUUCCUUUAGAUAUUGGUAUCGUGGGGUGGGUGGCUCAUACAAAGAAGACGUUCAAUGUCCCUGAUGUGAAAAAGAACACGCACUUCUCUGACUUUGCGGACAAGCAGACCGGCUGUACUACAAGCAAUCUACUGGCAACACCCAUCAUGUUUGGAAAGGAGGUUCUAGCGGUCAUCAUGGCCAUUAACAAACAGAAUGCCCCCGCCUUUAGCAAAGAGGAUGAAGCGGUCUUCACUAAAUAUCUGGAUUUUAUAUCCAUUGUUCUUCAACAACAUCACAUCAACUACCUUCAUGGCAUUGAAUCCAGGAAAAGCCAGAUCCUGCUUUGGUGCGCCAACAAAGUCUUUGAGGAACUUACUGACAUUGAGCGUCAGUUUCACAAAGCUCUCUACACUGUCAGGAUUUACCUCAACUGUGAACGUUACUCUGUGGCAUUGCUGGACAUGACAAAAGAAAAGGAGUUCUACGAACAAUGGCCAAUCCUACUAGGAGAAGUGCCACCUUAUAAAGGACCAAAGACUCCUGAUGGAAGGGAAGUAAAUUUUUACAAGAUUAUUGAUUAUAUUUUGCAUGGGAAAGAAGAAAUCAAAGUCAUCCCCACCCCCCCUGUGGAUCAUUGGUCUCUUGUCAGUGGGUUGCCCACCUACGUUGCCGAAAAUGGAUUUAUUUGCAACAUGAUGAACGCACCCGCCGAUGAGUACUUUGGAUUUCAGAAAGGGCCGGUGGAUGAGACGGGAUGGGCUAUUAAAAAUGUCUUGUCCCUGCCCAUUGUGAACAAAAAGGAGGAGAUUGUGGGUGUGGCUACAUUCUACAACCGGACGGACGGGAGACCGUUUGAUGAGCAUGACGAGCAAAUCACUGAAACCCUGACUCAGUUUCUGGGAUGGUCGGUCCUGAACACAGACACAUACGACAGAAUGAAUAAACUAGAAAACAGAAAAGACAUUGCCCAGGAGAUGCUCCUGUACCAGCUGAAGUGCACACCUCAUGAACUUCAGACUAUUCUGAAAACGAAAGAGAAGUUAAAUAAGAACGUAGACGAAUGUGAAGAGAAAGAGCUUGUGAAGAUAUUGAAAGAAGAGCUGCCAGACCCCGCGGCGCUGGAACUGUAUGAAUUCCACUUUAGUGACCUGCCGGUGUCCGAGCACGAGCUCAUCAAGAGCGGCAUACGGCUCUUUGUAGAACUAAAAGCUGUGGAGAAGUUCAAGGUGCCCGCAGAGGUCUUAACAAAAUGGAUGUAUACAGUGAGAAAAGGUUACCGGGACAUCACGUAUCACAACUGGCGGCAUGGAUUUAAUGUGGGACAAACCAUGUUUACCCUCCUGAUGACAGGUAAGCUCAAGAAAUAUUAUUCCGAUCUGGAGGCCUUUGCCAUGGUGGCUGCUGCUUUCUGCCAUGAUAUCGACCAUAGAGGAACCAAUAAUUUGUACCAAAUGAAAUCUGCGGCACCCCUUGCAAAGCUUCAUGGGUCUUCUAUUUUGGAACGACAUCACUUAGAAUUUAGCAAAACCUUGCUGGAAGAUGAGAGUUUAAACAUUUUUCAAAAUCUAAACAAGAGGCAGUUUGAGAAUGUGAUUCAUUUGUUUGAAGUCGCAAUCAUAGCAACGGAUCUGGCUUUGUACUUCAAGAAAAGGACUAUGUUUCAGAAGAUAGUUGACACAACGGAACAGAUGCAGUCAGAUGAUGAAAGGAUAAAAUAUAUUAUCACCGAUCAAACUAAAAAGGAGAUAAUCAUGGCCAUGAUGAUGACAGGAUGCGACUUGUCUGCCAUUACAAAGCCUUGGGAAGUACAAAGUCAGGUUGCCCUUAUGGUUGCUAAUGAAUUCUGGGAACAAGGAGACUUGGAAAGAACAGUUCUUCAACAACAGCCUAUUCCAAUGAUGGACAGGAACAAAGCUGAGGAGCUGCCCAAGCUUCAAGUUGGUUUCAUUGACUUUGUAUGUACAUUUGUGUAUAAGGAAUUUUCACGUUUUCAUAAAGAAAUCACGCCCAUGUAUGAUGGACUACAAAAUAACAGAGUUCAAUGGAAAACACAAGCUGAUGUGUAUGAUGAAAAGAUGAAAGCUUUAGAAGAACAGAAUAAGCAUGAAAAUGAUGUGGGGGUUAAGAAAGGUACAGAAGGUGGUGAAGACAAUGGACCAAACAAAUCAAAAACAUGUACAGUUUUGUAGAAAGAGAUAUCACAAGAGACUGAAUGCAACACAAUCGAGUCCCCAGAUGGGAGGGUGACUGGAAUUAGACUGUAGUAUAGAUGUGAGGAAUCAAUUUUGAUGUAUUGGUUGUCAACUGCUAUUAAAAUGGUGACUUGA